UUACUAAUUUCCUUUUCCAUACGUGUCUCUGUUUUGUUUGGAACAUAGGAUUUCGGUCUGGUCUCGAAUCCACGCAUCAAUGGCCGCUUCGAUUUCUAGUUCCUGGACUACCUUGCAGAACCAUGGAGAGAUAUCGGCUACGCAGGAAAAGAAAUUCAUUCCAAGUGGUGCUUCGAGGUUCCCCCAUGGUUUCAGGGCCACUUUCCAAAGUUACCAGUCGAUCAAAGGGCUGCCACCUCUGGUUUCACUUCGUUCCAAUGGAAACGCCGAAAGGAGGGGACUCUUCGUAAAUUGCCAUAUUUUCGGCGAAUUGGAACUCGGGAACACUAACGACCGUUGCUCUGAUAAGGACAAGCACUUCGUUAGCUGGUUUCGGGAAGCUUGGCCCUAUUUUAGGGCGCAUAGAGGCAGCACCUUCGUUGUCAUUAUUUCCGGAGAAAUUGUCGAUACUCCCUCCUACUUGGAACCCAUUCUAAAGGAUAUCUCUCUCCUUCAUGGUCUGGGGAUCAGAUUUGUUCUUGUUCCUGGGACUCAUGUGCAAAUUGACAAGCUUUUGGCUGAAAGAGGAAGUGAGGCCAAGUAUGUUGGUCGAUACCGAAUUACAGACCCUCACUCUCUGGAAGCAGCAAUGGAGGCAGCUGGGAGAAUCCGUAUUUUGAUAGAAGCAAUGCUUUCUCCUGGACCCUCAAUAUGCAGUAUUCGUCGACAUGGUGAUAAUAGUCGUUGGCAUGAUGUUGGUGUUAGUGUUGCAAGUGGUAAUUUUCUUGCAGCUAAGAAACGAGGAGUUGUUAAUGGCAUCGACUUUGGAGCGACUGGUGAAGUAAAGAAAGUUGAUGUUUCUCGUAUACGUGAGAGGCUUGAUGGAGAUUGUAUAGUAGUAUUAAGCAAUCUCGGUUAUUCCAGCUCUGGGGAAGUUUUAAAUUGCAACACUUAUGAAGUUGCUACUGCUUGUGCCUUAGCUAUUGGAGCAGAGAAACUCAUUUGCAUUGUAGAUGGACCAAUCUUAGAUGAAAAUGGACGGCUUAUUCGUUUCAUGACCCUACAAGAUGCGGACAUGUUGAUCCGCAACCGAGCUAAGCAAAGUGAAAUAGCUGCAAACUAUGUAAAGGCUGUUUGUGAAGAAGAUAUUUCUAGAUCUGGAUAUAUUGAUUCUAAUGGGAUGAGUCUUCAUCAUCAGAAUGGGAGUUUCAGUAAAAAAAAUAAUGCAACGUUUCAUAAUGGUGUUGGUUUUGACAAUGGGAAUGGACUGUGGUCUGGUGAACAAGGAUUUGCUAUUGGAGGUGAGGAACGGUUGAGUAGAUUAAAUGGUUACCUUUCAGAGCUGGCUGCUGCAGCUUUUGUUUGCAGAGGUGGUGUUCGAAGAGUUCAUUUACUAGAUGGCACCAUUGGUGGAGUUUUGCUAUUAGAGUUGUUUCAAAGAGAUGGAAUGGGGACUAUGGUGGCUAGUGAUCUUUAUGAAGGAACACGAGCGGCUGCAGUGAUGGAUAUCCAUGGAAUAAAACGAAUUAUAAAGCCUCUGGAAGAUAAUGGGACUUUGGUUCGGAGAACUGAUGAAGAGCUACUAGAAGCGUUGGAUUCAUUCAUUGUUGUGGAGAGAGAAGGUCAAAUUAUUGCAUGUGCUGCUCUUUUUCCUUUCGUUGAAGAGAAGUGUGGAGAAGUUGCUGCUAUUGCUGUGUCUCCUGAGUGCCGUGGAGAAGGGCAUGGGGACAAAUUACUCGAUUACAUUGAGAAGAAGGCAUCAUCCCUUAGGUUGGAGAGGCUUUUUCUGCUUACUACCCGGACUGCGGAUUGGUUUGUGAGGCGCGGCUUCUCAGAGUGUUCCAUUGAGUCUAUUCCUGAAGCAAGGAGGAAAAGGAUAAAUCUCUCCCGUAAAUCAAAAUAUUAUAUGAAGGUGCUGCAGCCAGACAUGAGCGGCAUUACAGUUCAUAGGGAAUUGAAUUGAAAUGGCCAAAAUCAUGAGAUCAUGCUUCUAUUCCCAGUGGUAUGUAGCCCAUUUAGAACUGCUGACUAGUAUAGGAUUUGCUGGAAGAGUCAACAACUGUAGAUGGUAUUUUCAUAGGUAGGUUUCUGAGUGCUGUAACUCCCUCCA